AUGCCGUACCAAAAAGCCUCUGAGAACGGCUGGCGCCAGUCCAGAUUUUAUGAGCCUGAUCGAGAUGUUCCAGAUAAACCCUGGCUCAUGCUUGCUGUGGCCAGACUUGGCCCAGACCAACAAGCCCCACACUAUCCUCUGGCUGCCUUCACUGCUGACUGCACCUCAGGCACCUUCUUGACAAGCUGUGCCAAAGCUCUCCGCUAUUUUUCAGAUCCUUUGAAUUAUCUUGGAACUCGGGCAGAGCUUUCUCUUGCCUACGACUUCUACAACCAGCCUGGACCGCCAUGGCCGAACGAAGGAUCGUCACGGGCUGGUCACCCAGAGUUCCCCUUCAUUGCGACUUGUCUUGCUAUCGCUGUCACCCGUGAACAAACGGCCACCAACCAAAACAUUGGGCAUUGGCCUCUGGCAAGCGUCUACCACCACUUUGAGCGCGCCCUCCAUCGUCACAUGCUUGUGAUCGAUGUGUCGGACCCGGCCAAGGUUCGAUACGGCGUUUAUCUUCAUCCGUCCCGCCUAAACCGUCAAGCUCUCUGGCCAGAUGGCUCUCCCUCGUCAAGACCGCUAUCAGUUGUCGAUUUUAUCACUGCGUGCGCUUUCGUGAACGAACGUUUGUAUGGAGGCUCCGUUGAUGAGUUUACCGAUGAGUUUAAAAAGGCAUCAGCAAUCACCUCUCGAUGGAAAGUAAUGGAUGUGCCAACGUUGCAUUUUGGGUGGCCUUUUAAGUCGUCCCAGAAACCCCUUCCGCCACCAUCUCUCCGUGACCAAGUAUUCAGAACAUUGGUUCGUGGUGCUGCCGAGAUGGAGGAUGUGGAUAUCUCUGUUUUUGAACACGUUCGGGCUAUCCCCAACUUUCAGAAUGAACUACGACGCUACUUGAUCAAACAUUCUGCGAAUUUGGGCGACCAUCAACCCAUCGCGCAACUCAUUGCCCUGACAGUAGAAGGACAGGAGCAACUCGACCUAACACCUUUCAACAAUCUCUCGGCCCACUCUAUCUCAAUUGUACUGGGCAAUCGGUUGUCAGACACCCCCAUUAGAGCCAUCAGCCUUUGUGCCGAUACACUCAAAAGCAGCCCAUCGGAAGUUCUUGAGGUCCUGGCGCGCUUUCCAACCAUACAGAACCUGUAUUUUGCCAAACACCCACGCCAAGGGGACCAACUGCGCAGCACCGAGCUUUUCGUCGAGAUGCUUAAAAUGCCGUCUUCUAUGACCAAAAAGCAUAUCCUAGUCGCAGACUUUCUGUCAACACCAUUGCGAUCGGCACGACACUACGGACCCAUUCCCAUACCUAGCUACCAGAUUCCUGUCGACAUAUUCCCAGUCCAGCACAUGUUUGUCAGACACCAGACGUACGGACUAGGCCGGGAACGCUUUUGGCCAAACUACUUCCCCAUGGGCAACUUGAUGCUUCAACCAGAGCGGUUCGCAGCCGGCUUCAUCCAGUACAUUCUGAGAUCAGUCCAACCCGGUUCCACCGGGGUCGAGGCCUCUGAAAAGCUCUUUGAUUUCUGCUCCGCACCCCCAGCACUGAACGGCAUGAACAACGACUACCAAAUCAGCCAAAUCCCGCUGGAGAGCUCCGCAGUGCCGCUCCGUCCCGGAACUAGCCGGAGAGGCGAACACGUCGGUGACUGCUGGCCACUUGUGCGCACCCUCGAGCCCAACAGUUGGAUUGUUUUGGUCUCGCUACACCACAACCGCAUCACGAGAGAUCUGGAGAGCUGGACGACGCGUGCUCACCACGCUACCAACUGGGCGAGGUACGCGUUUGCCCGGAUGAAACCGCGCGUCGAGGUGGCCCGACCGCCGGUGCAGCUGCCUGCUCUUGACGAGAUCGAGGUGGUCGGCUUGAGGGAAUUUCUGAGCAUCACAUCUCCAGAAACCGACCUAGGUCUUGUGGAUGUGAGACUGAAAGAGUUAGAGGAGAAGGCGGCUAUUCCACGACAGCAGCCUUUGCCGAGUGGAGUGAAGAGGCUGUCUGUUAUGGAGCGUGAGGAGGCGGUGGGUAUCUUGAGGGACUUUUUGAAUAACGUCGAGAUGGUGAAGAAGAAUCUCUGGGCUUUUAUGAAGGAGAAUGAUGAAGUAAAUAGCUGGUAUCCGGAUCUUUUGCAAGAGUGUAAUGGUCAGCUUUGCGGGAGCAUGAUUCAUGGCCCCGAAGACAUAUUCGUUGACUCUGUCAAUGCGCAGCUAUCGUUGGAGUGGUGGGAUUUCCUUGGUGACUUGGAAGACGAAGAUGAGGAUUGA